GUAUUUAUUCGACACCGUGGCCGUCAUUGCUUGAAAAGGUUCUUCGCAAGCCGUUUCCAGUAUGAAAGUGUGUUGUAUCUUAUCAUGGACAGUUUUGAUUGUGACCAUUUUGUGUGGUCAGUGUUGCCUAGUCGACCGAAAAUGGUCAUCGAAGUCCAUUUAUGAUUUAUUGGACAUGGCGGAUAUAGUGGUUUACGGCCGAGACAUAGCACACGUUGAACGGACAGGUGUAUCUAUCUCUAGCAGUAAAGUCAACAACGUUACAGACUGUCAGUUCAAAGUCUUCUGUGUCCUGAAAGGAAACACUACCAUGGAAUAUAUCACGAUAGAACGUAUCAGUCCGCUGACUGCCUGUUCCGGGUCGAGAGAAAAACUCCAGAUAGGGAUGGAAAAGAUUGUAGCCCUGAAGAUGACAAAAUCUGGCAACUAUAAAUACUUUGAAGGAAACGCUUUACAAUCUUCGGUCUACGAUAACAAUGCCGAAAAUUUCCGAACGAUGAGUAGCGUCAGUGAAAUCGGUAAUUGGCGAACACCAAUAGGCGCUAAGGAAGACACGUGCCAGUCAGCAAUGGAAACGUUUACUGUAACCGCAGCAAACAGCACAGAAAACACCAUCGAUGAAACAACUUUGGCAAAGAACAGCUCAGAACUUCCCGAAUAUAACACGACCAAACCAAAUACCCAGGCCAACGACCAAUCAACAGCUACCGAAACCAACACUGUUAAACCAACAACAGAAGUAAAGGAAGCUGAUGCUAAAAUCGCAGCUAACAUGCAACAAAGGGACAGUACUGAAGCCAUUGCACUUCUGAGACAUUUGUUACUGUUUCCACUCCUUGCUAUGACCGUUUUCAAUUAGUGCGUACAUCUCAGUUCGGAUCCAUUGCAGGUUGCUUCAAAAUGUACAAAGUACUUCCGUUUUAAUGUGGCUUCCUGUUUACAAGGCAUGUCAUAUAUGGAUGAAUUUCUCAUCGUGACCUGAUGUGUAGAUCGGAAACACACCCAGGACCUUAUUUUGUAGUUUGGCUUCCCGUAUAUUGACCUGUACAUGCUAUUAUGUGUGGUUUUAUUUAGGAUAUAUGCACGUAAGGUAUACAUUUCACGCGCUCGUAUAUAUGUACAUAGCAUUGCGAACAAGAAAGACAGAAAGUAGUGAAAAUAUUAUGUCACGACAUUAUGUCUACAGGUUUGCCGUCAAGCAUGUGUGUAUACCGAUUUAAGGCACGAGUUGACAUUUAUUAAACCAUAUCAAAUAAGAUAUCAUUUUCAUAAGAUUUGACGUGUUUACAAGAUGUCCUUAAAGAUAUCUUAAAUGUUACAGAAAUAUCUUACAUCUUCUCUAAAAAAUAUUUAGACGAUAUCCUUUGGUUUCUCGUUUACUAUCUGAAAUACUUCCGAAACCAUUAAUGCAUAAAUGAUAUAUAUGAUAUGUUCAUUGUAAAAGACAUCUGAUAUAUUUACAAGAGAUGUUAGGUAUUAUUUCCCAUGAGAGAUUUUUAGUUUGAUUAUAUAAUUUGCCUUUAAGAAAAUCACAUUACCGGUACAAUGAAUAUUGUCAUUCACAUAAUUUGUAAUAAAUAAAGUAUUUGCUAAUGUUA